UGGCUUGUCACCCCAGCCCACAAAUACACAUCAAACACAGGACGGGCCAAACGACAACACCUUCUCUGUCACAAACGAGUGGCAUCUCUCCCUAACCCACACACACACACACUGUCCAUCUGUCCGUGUAGCGUUACCCCUCAAAAUGCCCGCUUUCUCAUCCCUGGCCGGUGGGACUGGGAAGCCCGACCAGGCUAUCAGCACGCAGUCAGAUGGGAAGACCUUUGAACAGCUGAGGCAGGAGUGUCUGAAAAAGAAGAAACUGUUCGAGGACCCUGACUUCCCCGCCUGCGACGCGUCUCUCUACUACAGCCAGAGCGUGCCCCUCAACUUUGAAUGGAAGAGACCUGGGGAGCUUUGCAAGGAUCCCCAAUUCAUAGUCGACGGAGCCGACAGGACAGACAUAUGUCAGGGGGCACUAGGGGACUGCUGGCUGCUGGCAGCCAUUGCCUCACUGACCCUCCAUAAGGAGACAUUUGCUAGAGUCGUGCCCCUCGACCAGGGCUUCGACCACAGCUACGCUGGCAUUUUCCACUUCCAGUUCUGGCAGCACAACAGAUGGCUGGAUGUGGUGGUGGACGACAGACUUCCCACUGUUAGGAACCGGCUGGUGCUGGUCCACUCGGCCUCCAGCAACGAGUUCUGGAGCGCGUUGUUAGAAAAGGCCUAUGCCAAGCUAAACGGGAGCUACGAGUCCCUGAAGGGAGGCAGCACCCUGGAGGCUAUGGAGGACUUCACGGGCGGUGUGGGGGAGACGUACGAGACCAAGAGCGCUCCGGCGGACCUCUUCAACAUCCUGAAGAAGGCCCACGACAGAGGCUCCAUGAUGGGCUGCUCCAUUGACAUCACCAGCUCGGCCGAGUCGGAGGCCCAGACAACCACAGGACUGGUGAAGGGACAUGCCUACUCCAUCACAGGCAUUGAGGAAGUCAAAUACAGGGGCGGGACGGUCAGGUUGAUCCGCAUCAGGAACCCUUGGGGACAGGUGGAAUGGAACGGGCCCUGGAGUGACAACGCUAAAGAGUGGGGUAUAAUCGACAGUUCUGAGAAAAAACGCAUUCUUCUUAACUCCAUGGACGACGGUGAAUUCUGGAUGGAGUUUGAGGAUUUCAAGGCCAACUACGACAAGGUAGAAAUCUGCAACCUUACUCCAGACGCCCUGACAGACGACACCAAGCACAAGUGGGAGGUGAACGUAUUCGAGGGCAACUGGAUCCGCGGCUCUACCGCCGGCGGCUGCCGGAACUUCAUAGACACGUUCUGGACCAACCCUCAGUUCAAGCUGACCCUGAAAGAGACCGACGAUCAUCGCGACCACUGCAGCGUGAUCAUCGCCCUGAUGCAGAAGAACCGCCGCGCACUGAGGAAGGAAGGGUUUGACCUGGAGACCAUCGGCUUUGCUAUUUAUGAGGCCCCUGAUGAUGUGGACCACUUGGGGAAGGACUUCUUCCGCUACAACGGCUCCAAGGCCCGCAGUAAGACCUACAUCAACGUGAGGGAGAUCUCUGAGCGCUUCAACCUUCCCCCGGGGAACUACCUCCUGGUGCCCACCACCUUCCAGGCCCACCAGGAGGCUGACUUUCUCAUCCGCGUCUUCUCCGAGAAGGAAGCCGAAGCCAUAGAGAUGGGAAACAAAGUUGACGCCGAUCUGCCAGAUCCUCCAAUGCCCAGUCUACCAAAGGAUGAGACAGCUGAGGAGAAGGGACUUCGAAGGCUGUUUGAAAAGAUUUCCGGCUCUGACCAGGCCGUCUCCGUCGUGGAGCUUCAGCAGGUGUUGAAUGGGGUCUUGAGCAGAAGGAAAGAAAUCAAGUUUGAUGGCGUGAGUCUGAACACAUGCCACAGUAUCAUCAACCUGAUGGAUGCUGACAAUUCUGGGCAGCUUGAGUUCCAGGAGUUCAAAGUCUUCUGGGAAAAAAUGAAGAAAUGGAUUGUUCUAUUUCUCUCUUUUGACACUGAUCGCUCAGGGAAAAUGUCCACCUAUGAGCUCCGAUUAGCUCUCAAAGCAGCAGGCAUGAAUCUGAACAACAAGCUCCUACAGCUGCUGGCCUUGAGGUUUGGUGAUGACAACUACGAAAUUGACUUUGACGACUACCUCACAUGCAUCGUGCGCCUGGAGAAUAUGUUCAGGGUUUUCCAGGGAAUGGACAAAAACAACAAAGGGGUGGUGAAUAUGAACAUUGUGCAGUUCCUCCUCCUCUCCAUGAAUGUCUAACGAGGAUCAAACUAAAGUUCAAACCAGAAGAACACAAUAAAACCAAAGGCUCGGGAUGCAAUAUGUGUGGCAGAUAAUCUUGUUACCAGCCACUCCACCAUGGAAUGAUUUUAGGUAGUUAUAUUACAUGCGUAAAAGACAUAACUUUUUAACAAGCUAUUUGUUUUGUUUUAUGUGUCUUAUAUGUUACCCUAGAAUAAACUGUUUUAGAUAAAAUGUU